UUAAUCCAUUACACCGAGGCCCAUACUUAUCAUAGCACUAAUGGGCCUAUUGUAGGCCCAUAUUUCUCGUUGCAGAAAAAAAAAAUCGCUUUCUUCCCCGUCCGCUACUUUCGCAUUCCUUUAGGCCAUCUCCGUCGUCAUCCUUGUCGUCGUCGGUGGAAGCAAACGUCGACGAGAGCCACGGCGUGAUUGCUUCUCAAGUGUGAAUCGAAUUAACGGAAAAUGGGACUAUUAAGCAUCAUUCGGAAAAUCAAGAAGAAAGAGAAGGAGAUGCGUAUUCUCAUGGUUGGACUCGAUAACUCAGGGAAGACGACGAUUGUUCUGAAAAUGAAUGGAGAAGACACGAGCGUGAUUAGUCCAACUCUUGGUUUCAACAUCAAAACCAUUAGUUACCAAAAGUAUACGCUGAACAUAUGGGAUGUGGGUGGGCAAAAGACGAUAAGAUCGUACUGGAGGAACUACUUUGAGCAGACUGAUGGGUUAGUUUGGGUUGUGGAUAGCUCUGAUCUCAGGAGGUUAGAUGAUUGCAAGAUGGAACUUGACAAUCUCUUGAAGGAAGAGAGGCUCGCUGGGUCAUCUUUGCUGAUACUAGCCAAUAAGCAGGAUAUUCAAGGUGCUCUUACACCUGAUGAAAUCGGCAAAGUGCUGAAUUUGGAGACGAUGGAUAAAAGCAGGCACUGGAAAAUCGUUGGUUGCAGCGCCUACACAGGUGAAGGUUUGCUGGAAGGAUUCGAUUGGUUGGUUCAAGACAUUGCCUCCAGGAUCUACAUGCUUGACUAAUCUCCUGUCUUCAUCUCAACUAUCGGCAUUGUGCAAUGGCAUGUUAGAUAACCUGAUGAUGCUGCUCCAGUGAUUUCAUGUUGGCAUCUAAGCUUUUCUUUUAGUACAAACAUAUAUCUGUGUUCUAAGACAAUCAAGCUCUUGUAAUUCUGUUUAAUUGAAAGAGACUUAACCACAAAAUGAUGUAUUCUCUCAUACAUCCAGUCUUUGUGAUCUACUAUGAUGAUUGAGAUAAGAGAGUAUUUCAAACUGAUUAUUUUUGUAUACACAGAGAUCAAGAACAGUUUCUUUUGUUGAAUGUUC